ACUUGAAGUUUUGGAAUAGUUUUGGCAGAUGAUUCAGUGCACUAGAUACUUUCUAACUAUCAGCGUGCGAUCAUCAUCACGUCCCGUUGAGAUGGUGAACCGUCCCCCACUGUAGUAUCCUGUCCGAGCUAAGGACAUGGAGGAGUGCGAGUCCCCCCCUGCCAGAAGCAAGAGGAGGGCCUGGGCUCAGAGCCGAGACUCCUGGCAGGCUUCUGAGUCCCAGGACCAGGGCGCAGAGGAGCCGCUGUCUGCCCAGCCUAUGGAGGAUAAGACUUCGACAGCCUCAGAAACAGGUCGUAAACCAAAUCAAGUAGAGAACUGGCUCAGGACCUGCAGGACUCCUCUCGGGGCCUCUUUGGACGAACAAAGCGGCAGUCCGUCCAGAGGACCAUUAAAGAAUGGCUGGAGCUUUGAAGAUGACCUGUCCCUGGGAGCUGAGGCCAAUCACCUCCAGAACAGCAGCACAAAACCAGCGGCCAAUGGCUAUGAAAUCGCAGCCGAGGCCAAAAGGUGCCAGUUCAAGCAGAAAGGCAGAAGUAUGAACUCCACAGGCUCUGGAAAGAGCAGCACCACCGUGUCCAGCGUGUCAGAACUUCUGGACCUCUAUGAGGAGGAUCCAGAGGAGAUCUUGUACAACCUCGGCUUCGGGCGUGAGGAGCCCGACAUCGCCUCAAAAAUCCCUUCUCGUUUCUUCAACUCCUCUUCUAGCGCCAAGGGCAUCGACAUCAAAGUUUACCUGGGAGCCCAGAUUCAGCGCAUGGAGCUGGAGAACCCAAACUACGCCCUGACAAGUCGGUUCCGUCAAACAGAAGUUCUGGCCACGGUGGCAAACGUCUUCUCUGAGAUCUACUCCCAAGUGUCUGGAAGACCCAUGGAGAGAAUCGGCAGCGGCGACACAGAGACUAAAACCCCCUCUCCAUUAAAAAGGAAUAAUUCCGCUCUAAAUGCAGCCAAGAUCCUAAAACGGAACAUUACAAAACAGAACCUGCUGGCCUCUGUCAUGGAAGGAGCAGCCAAACAGCUUUCAGCGUCUGACGCUGACAACACGGAAGGUGCAAACUCUGCCGUACGGGCCGGACUGAUGGAUACCGAGCACAAACUACAGCAGAAAGGCUUUAGGAAAAAAGAUUCAUCUCUGGCCACAGUGACCGAAGAGGCCCAGCAAAGUAUCUCAGAGGCUUCAGUCAACGGAGACGUCCCAGAACCUUUGCCCAAGGACUCUACGUUAAUGAAUGGUGACCACUCCACUGAGACUCCAGCUCUGGAUAAAGACGUGCCACUUUCCCCUGUCCAGGUGAGCAUCAGUCAGGUGUCCGACAAGAGUGACUUCAAGGAACUUGAGCGCCAGGACACCAUCACUUCCACCCUAGAUAAAGAACCAUCCACCCUGUUGCCUAACCCACACAUAGCCCACCUACUCAGCCAGCCCAGAGACUCGUUUGAAAUGGAGGAGUUGCAGAGUAAUGAGGAUGAAGCUCUUCCUGGUCCUGGUGGCAUGUCUCGAGCUGGCAGCGAGAGGUUAUUGAGGACUGCCAGCCAGCAGUCUGACAGCAGCGGGUUUGCAGAGGACCCAUCCACAGACGGUUUGGUUAAUCACCUGAAGGUACAAGAAAGCUCAGAUAGCUGCGACAGCGAAACCACAGUGACGUCACAUGCAGGAGAAGCCAGCACACCCACAGCAUUGGAGUACCCCAACUUUGAGAGGUUUCAGGGUGAGGAAGCCCAUCCUCAGUCCAACAAAGGGACAUUUAGCCAGAGUGGAGCCAAAAGAGAAGUCCCUGAGAUCACCAGCCUCCAGAUUCCCAAUUCAGACUCUGACAAUAUUAGCACCAAUGGACCGCUUCUUUCUCCUGACUCUGAUGUGGCUUCCAUAGUUGAAUCCAAUUUCACCACAGCGCAAAAACCCACCACAGACUCUCCAGAAGUAGAUUUGAGUACAAUGGUAGAUCCUGCAACAGAUUCCAUCUUGGAUGUAGCUCAUGAAGGCAACAUAUCCCAGCCUGGUUUAGGCAUAGAUCUAGACUCCUCUGAGGAUUUACGUCCAUCCUCUGAACCAGAGUCUUCAGAUCUUCCAGAGUCUUCGGAUCUUAAGCAAUGCAACCCUACGACUCAAAGAAGACAAAUGGCCCUCCAAACAGCCCAUCAGAGGUCAUCCUCUAUGGACGAGGAACGUCCCGGCCGAGUAUGGGUGAGGGACAGGAACUUGCUAAGGGAAAGCUUGGAGAGGAAUCCUUUAAGGAGAUCUAGCUCCCUCCCAACAUCUCAGCUCAGCCCAGCUCGAGUGGUCACCUCCAUGCGAAUCCAACUCGGAAAGGGUUCAGUCAAGCACUGUACCCCACCCUCAUACUCGUACCGCUACGACGAAGAGAAUCGCAGUGACCGAGAAGAAGUGGAUUCCAUUAUGGAAGAAGAUGAAGUAGAUCAUGCUGGUGGCCAAUCAACUCUCUUAAAUUCUGCUCCAGCAGGUGGUUUAAAGACGGGCAGGGGUACACCACCAAACCUUCUCAACGUACCCCAGCAUCUGACUCGCUCUUCCAGCUCGCUUUAUAGCGUCCCUGCAGACUGGCCUCAGAGGCCCUUGGGAGAAGGUCCAAACUGGAGCACAUGUAGCGUCCCAAACCUUAAUCAAUUUACAGGUCCAGGCCACCCUCCUCCUCAUGGGUCCUUCUACUCUCCACAUCAAGGAGUGGCCUACAACUCAUCGUACCCUACCAGACUUCCCCACCACAAUCCCUUCCCACAACCACAGAGCUCACCAUAUCCUCAACCUCUUCAGAGCAAUACAUUUACUCCACCACAGGGGGCGCCAUUUACACCCCAGCACAAUAUGCAUUAUGCUCAUCCUCACAGUGUUCCUUACAGCCCAUUCUACUCACCUUAUCACAUUCCUCAGGGAGCUCCCUACGGCCCCUCGUUGAACAUGCACGGCAGCCCGUAUCAACCUCACGUCUCUCUCGCGCAAUCCCACAGCGCCCCCUACAGUCCGGGCUACAACGGUUCUCCUCAUCACCCUGGCGCCCCCUACAGUCAUCCAUACUAUCCAUCUCCCCCCUUCCCUUGCUCUUUUGAGAUGCCUCCUGCCCCCGUACCUGUGAUGGGCAGCACAGAGAUGCAGCUCAGGAGGGUCCUGCAUGACAUUCGUGGGACAAUGCAGAAUCUUGGUCAGGCGGGAGGCAGAACAACUUCAAGCACUGCGGUCUGCUGUCAGGCUGGAGCUACAAGAGUUGGAGCUGCAGUUGGAAGAUCGUCUGCUCUCCCUGAAUGA